AAAAAUGACAACUCUACUUCCUCGAUUUUGACUUUUGUCAUUUGUAAUCAGUCAUAACCCCAUGUGUUUUCUUGUGUGAUGUUUUGUAUUUUUAAGAAACAUUAUAUUCAUUGAGUUUUCUUGUAAAACGACAUACUUAGGACGAGGAUUCGAGAAGGAGGAUUGUGUGAUUAAGAAAAAGAUCUGUUUUGGUUAUAUGAAAUAAGUUUUGCUGAUUUUUUUUAUAUCAUACAAACUACAACCUCCUCAAUAUGGGUAUACAAAAAAAACCUAUUAAAAUAAAACAGUUGAAGCAAGAGUUACUUAAAGAAGUUAAUUUCAUUAAGACUAUUUUUACAUUUUAUUCAGCACCAAAUCAGCCUAAUGGAAAUGAGAAUCAACUCGAUUUUGAAAUAACUAAUAAUAAACAAAAAGAUAUUGAUGUACCAAAACGAGCACACAGCAUCGCUGAGCUGGAAGAGAAGUUAGAAAAAAUGAAGUCACAGCAAAAAUUUAAUUUGAAAAGCAAAUUAAUAAAGAAAAGUUUAACUAGCAAAUUAAACAAGAAAAUUAAGAAAAAGGAGAGAGUAAAGUUGAAUAAAAAUAAAAUCAAAGAAGUAGUUAAUUCAAGUGAAGAUCAUGAAAAUGAAAUUAAACCUAAAAUAAGCCAGGCUAAACCCGUUUUUAAUACUGAAGGGAAGCUUGUAUUCUCAAAGUUUGACUUUGCUAAUUUGGGACAAAAAGAAAGAGCACCAAAAGGACAUAAGGAUGCAAAAAAAAAAUUGGAUGAAUUAAAACAACAAGAACAAAAAGUUCAUGAAUUAACAGAAAAAGAUGGCAGUAAAGCUAAAGAUUUAAAAGAGAAAAUUGCUUGGAAGAAUAUCCUGCAAAAAGCGGAAGGUCAAAAAGUCAAAGAUGAUCCGAUUCUGCUCAAAAAAUCCAUUAAGAGACAAGAACAAAAAAAGAAAGCUAGCAAAAAGCAAUGGGAAAAUAGGAUAAAAUCAGUGGCAGAUAAGAUGGACGAACGGCAGAAAAAGCGCAAGGAAAAUAUAAUAAAGAAAAAGAAAGAAAAGAAAGUUAAGAAGGUUAAAGCGUCAGUUAAACGAGGACGUGUUGUCAUAUAAUGAUACCUAUCACUUAUAUAGUUCAAUGUAUAACUUUUAAUAAACUAAAGUACAUUAUUA